AUGGCUAUAGCUGACUCGCAAGGCAACCUUUACGAUUUCCAAGGCACGAACUCCAUCGGAAAGAAUCACUUACUUUUUGGAAACCCAACAAAAGCCAUUCCGAUCGGCAUUCCCGGAGAAAAUGAUGAAGAAUGGGAUAGAUGCGUCAAGAAUGCAAUUCAUCAGUAUCAACACGAAGAAUAUAACUUCCUGUACCGGAGCACUCCAGUUUUUUUAAUUAUGUAUAGAAGCAAUAACUGCCACGAUUUCGCGGCGUGUGCUUUAAACCAGAUGGAGCUUCCCCGGUUUAAAAACCACCCAUUUAAUUGCACAAACUUAGCAUUGCUUGCGGUUUCACGCGGCCAUUUCCUCGGCUUUGGUUCAUUCUUACUUUCCUGGCUUCCUUUCCUUCUAAUUAUUGCGUCCAUAAUCGUUUCUAUCGUUUUGUGUCUUGUUUGUUCAAAAAAAAAAUAA